GAGAUGAGGCGGACACCCGCCGCCGCCGCCGCGUCUGAAGCAGCUCCGCGUUUCUGAAGAUACUAAACUGAACUGUGAAGAAUCUCCAUGAAGGUGACCAGCCAUGCAAUGUUCUUGGAAGGCUGUCCUCCUACUUGCUUUGGCCUCCAUUGCUAUCCAAUACACAGCCAUCCGCACCUUCACAACCAAGUCCUUCCAAAGUUGCCCUGUACCCAAUCCCAUGAAUUGUAGCCUGAAUCAGGAGGUUGAAUCUGCUGACAGACUGUGUGAUGAAAGCCCAACUUUUUCUUACAACCUUUCUAAGAAGACUCAUGUCCUGAUCUUGGCCACCACCAGAAGUGGUUCUUCUUUCGUUGGUCAGCUCUUUAAUCAGCACUUUGAUGUUUUCUAUUUAUUUGAGCCCCUUUACCAUGUCCAGUACACCUUAAUUCCAAAGUUAACACAGAUGAAGGGCUCCAUGGACCGACGGAUCAUGCUGGGAGCUGGCAGAGAUUUGCUGAGGAGUCUUUAUGACUGUGAUCUUUACUUCUUGGAAAAUUACAUCAAACCACAGCCGGUGAACCACACCACAGACAGACUCUUCAGGAGAGGGGCCAGCAAAGCUUUGUGCUCUGCACCAGUUUGUGAGACACUGGCACCAAUUGAUACCACUCUGGAAGAAGGGGACUGUGUGAAAAAAUGUGGCACUUUGAACCUGACUCUAGCCACUGAAUCAUGCAAAGAUCAUGGGCAUGUUGCUAUCAAAACCGUGCGAGUGCCAGAGGUCAAUGACCUUCGGGCUUUGGUGGAUGAUCCAAGGCUCAAUCUGAAAAUUAUACAAUUAGUGAGAGACCCCAGAGGCAUCCUUGCUUCUAGGAGUGAAACAUUUAGAGACACUUACAGACUUUGGCGAAUCUGGGAUGGCACAGGUAGGAAACCCUACAACUUGGAUGUGACACAACUCACCACUGUCUGUGAGGACUUUUUGAACUCCGUUUCCACUGGCCUAAAUAGACCCUCAUGGCUGAAAGGCAAGUACAUGCUGGUGCGGUAUGAAGACCUAGCUAGGAAUCCUCUAAAAAAGACUGAGGAGAUGUACGAAUUCCUUGGUAUCCCAAUGGAUAGUAAUGUGGAACGAUGGAUACAGAAUAAUACAAGAGGAGACAGGUCAGCAGCCAAGCACAAAUAUGGGACUGUCCGAAAUUCAGCAGCAACGGCAGAGAAGUGGCGGUUCCGCCUCUCUUAUGAAAUUGUGGCAUUCACACAGAAUGCAUGCCAACAGGUAUUAGUACAACUGGGUUACAAACUAGUGUCCUCUGAGAAGGAAUUAAAGAACCUCUCCAUAAGCCUGGUGGAAGAAAGGGCUUUCUUGCCCUUUUGGUAAUGCAGAUGUUAGGGCUCGUAUUGUAAGUUUGAGAUGAGCCAUUUGUAACUGUUGCCUUACUUUCCCCUUUCCCACCUACUCUCUAAAAUUUGCACUAAUUGUUGAAUGGGAUUCUCAGAAAGAAAGUUCCCCUUCUCAAACCAUUGUAUAGAUGGAUGACUAUUGGGUCUCUUAAGAGCAAAAACUAAAAUAAACAAACUGUGGACAGGUAGCAAUGUUUACAAAUCACACACACACGUAACAAUGUAUAAAAGGAAAAAAAAGUAAC